AAUCUGUGGAGACCGUGACCAAAAAGCAAAGCGGUAUUGCAGAAUUGCAAGACCUUGUCGGCAACAAACCAUAUAUCUUGGAUGUUGAUCUGGACUUCUUUUCAACUGCAAAUCCUUUCAAAAAUAUGUUGAGACAUGAUGAGGAGGAGGCUUUGAGGAGACUCUAUCACUAUCCUCCAGUCACAGAUUUCUCCGAUGAGAAUAUUGUAGCCUUCACUAAGAGAAGGGAAACACAGCUAAACCAGUUGGAGAAUGUUUUUCUCACCUGGAAACUAAGUGGUUUGGAGACAAGCUAUCUGAUACAGAGUCCACGCCACAGUCAGGCUCUUCACUUGCUGAUUUUACAGGACAAAAUCUGGAGCAAUUCUCAUUUCUGGAUUCUCAGCA